CACUCAAGAAAACAAAACGGUAGUCAGACAACAGCAGUUUCUCAGAGUGUGACUGGACAUGGCCCACACCACACACAUGCACACGCAAACAUAUACCCAGUAAUACACUUGAAGUGUGGCCGCUAAGAACAGCCGAAGCCGAGAUGGCGGUGACGGGGGCUGAAGAUAUGCCACGGCAGUUCCCAAAGAUUGCUCUGAGUGAUGUGGAUGAGGAAGUUCGUCUGCUGGCAGAGAAAGUGUAUGCCUCAGCACUGAAGGAAGAGGACACAAAAGAUGCCCUGUCCAUGUACACUGUCCCAGAGGACUGUCCAAUUGGCUUGCAGGAAGCCAAACAGAGGGAGCUACUCAGAGAACUGGCUGAGCAACAGUCAGAGGAAAGCGCCAAACGGAAGAAGAGUUUUAAGAUGAUUCGAUCCAAAUCUAUGUCACUGCAAAUCCCAUUAUGUACGGAGAAUGUCUGGGGUGUGGUGACGCCCCUCAUUUCCCCUUCCUCUACCUGCUCCUCCAUCUCUCAAAAUUUCCCAGAGUAUCAAAGAGUCACCAUAAGUGGAGACUACUGUGCUGGGAUUACAGUUGAGGACUAUGAGCAAGCAGCUAAAAGUCUGCUAAAAGCUCUCUUUAUUCGAGAAAAAUACUCAAAACUGGCAUAUCACAGAUUCCCAUGGACCACUGCAAAGUUUCUACGUAAUGCAGCAAAUGAAAGGUGGACAGAAGAAGAUGAAAUCCUUCCAGAUAUCUGUCCCUGCCCUGGUGAAGGACAGGAUCCUUACAAAUAA